AUGCUGCGCAAGCUCACCGUCGACCAGAUUAACGACUGGUUCACCAUCGGCAAGACCGUGACGAAUGUGGAGCUGCUGGGCGCGCCGCCCGCCCUCCCGGCCGAGGCGGCCCGGGAGGAGGCGCCGCACAAGGCCGCCGACACGAACGCCGUCCCGGCCGAGGCCCCGACGGUCGAGGCCUGUGGAAGGUCGCUCUACCAGAGGCGCUCGGGAACAGAAUACAUCAGCAAAUACAGGCAGCUGGAGGUGCAGGAGUUGGACAGCCAUGACCACCCAGCCGGCGGGCCAGGUCGAAGACCACCUUCGGCGAAGCUCAGCAAUGUGACGUGCAUCCCUGAGACGGCUUACAGAUAUCCUGACUUGCCUAUAAAUCGAUGUAAGGAAGAGGUUGUUUCUCUGAUAGAAAGCAACUCCGUGGUGAUCAUACACGGCGCCACCGGCAGCGGCAAGAGCACCCAGCUCCCACAGUACAUCCUGGACCAACACAUGCAGCGCUCUGCCUACUGCAACAUCGUGGUUACACAGCCACGCAAAAUCGGGGCCAGCAGCAUUGCCCGGUGGAUUAGCAGAGAGCGCUCCUGGGCGCUGGGCGGGCUGGUGGGCUAUCAGGUGGGGCUGGAGAAAAUAGCAACCGAAGACACCAAGCUGCUGUACAUGACCACGGGGGUCCUGCUGCAGAAGGUGGUGAGCGCCAAGAGCCUGGUGGAGUUCACACACAUCUUCAUCGACGAGGUACAUGAGAGAACGGAAGAAAUGGACUUCCUGCUGUUGGUGGUGCGCAAACUUUUACGAACAAACUCUCGCUUUGUGAAGGUGGUCCUGAUGUCCGCCACCAUCAACUGCCAGGAGUUUGCGGACUACUUCGCCGUGCCGGUGCAGAACAAGAUGAAGCCCGCCUACGUGUUCGAAGUGGGAGGCCAGCCCCACGCCAUCGAGGAGUACUACCUGAACGACCUGGGGCACAUUCACCACGGCGGGCUUUCUGCUCAUCUCCUGGAGGAACCAGUGAUAACCAAGGAUAUCUAUGAAGUGGCCGUCUCCCUGAUUCAGAUGUUUGACGACUUGGAUAUGAAGGAGAACAGGAGCAAGAGCUGGUCGGGCGCCCAGUUUGUGUUGGAACGGAGCAGCGUGCUGGUCUUCCUGCCAGGGCUGGGGGAAAUAAACUGCAUGCAUGAGCUUCUCACCAACAUGGUUCACAAAAGGUUGCAGGUGUACCCGCUGCACUCGACCGUGACUCUGGAGGAGCAGAACAAUGUGUUUCUGAGCCCAGUCCCUGGGUAUCGAAAGAUCAUUCUGUCCACUAACAUCGCGGAGAGCUCCGUCACGGUGCCAGACGUCAAGUACGUUAUAGACUUCUGUCUGACGAGGACGCUGGUGUGUGACGAAGACACGAACUACCACAGCCUGCGGCUGAGCUGGGCUUCCAAAACCAGCUGCAACCAGAGAAAAGGCCGGGCUGGACGCGUGUCAAAAGGCUACUGUUACAGACUGGUGCACAAGGACUUCUGGGACACCUCCAUCCCUGACCACGCUGUCCCAGAGAUGCUGCGUUGCCCCUUAGGAAGCACAAUAUUGAAAGUGAAAUUACUGGACAUGGGUGAGCCAAGAGCUCUGCUGGCCACUGCCCUGUCCCCUCCCAGUCUGAGCGACAUCGAGCGCACCGUCCUGCUGCUGAAGGAGGUGGGAGCGCUGGCAGUCAGUGGGCAGCGAGAGGACGAGAACCCCCACGACGGCGAGCUGACCUUCUUGGGGAGGGUCCUGGCUCAGCUCCCCGUUAGCCAGCAGCUUGGUAAACUCAUCGUGCUGGGGCACGUGUUCGGGUGCCUGGACGAGUGUCUGGUCAUCGCGGCAGCGCUCUCUCUGAAGAACUUCUUCGCCAUGCCCUUCAGGCAGCAUCUUGACGGGUACAGGAACAAGGGGAGCUUCGCUGGCAACAGCAAGAGUGACUGCAUCGCCCUCGUGGAGGCGUUCAAAGCGUGGCAGGCGCGCAGGCAGAGAGGGGAGCUGCGGCAUCCCAAGGACGAACUCGACUGGGGACGCCUAAAUUACAUUCAGAUCAAGAGGAUCAGGGAGGUAGCUGAGCUGUAUGAAGAACUGAAGAGCAGGAUCUCACAGUUCAACAUGUGUGUUGGAUCGCGGCGGCCGGUCAUGGACCAGGAGUACACGCACAAGCAGCGCUUCAUCCUGCAGGUUGUCUUGGCAGGUGCUUUCUAUCCAAAUUACUUCACUUUCGGACAGCCAGAUGAGGAGAUGGCGGUGCGCGAGCUGGCUGGCAAAGACCCGAAGACAACCAUUGUGCUGAAGCACAUCCCUCCCUACGGAUUCCUCUACUACAAGCAGCUGCAGUCCCUCUUCAGACAGUGCGGCCAAGUCAAGUCCAUCGUGUUCGACGGCGCAAAAGCCUUUGUGGAGUUCUCACGUAACCCAACAGAGAGGUUUAAAACUCUCCCUGCAGUGUACAUGGCGGUCAAGAUGUCCCAGCUGAAAGUGGCCCUGGAGCUCAGUGUCCACUCGGCUGAGGAGAUUGAAGGGAAGGUGCAAGGCGGGGCUGUGUCGAAGCUCAGGAGCACCAGGGUGAAUGUGGACUUCCAGAAGCAGACGGUAGAUGCAAUGCAAGUCUCGUUUAACACAUCGGACAGGUCGCGGACAGUCUCAGACCUCCUCCUGAGUGUCGCCGUCACAGAGGUGGUUGAGGUGGGGCACUUCUGGGGAUAUAGGAUUGAUGAAAGAAACUCAGAGAUUCUGAAGAAGCUGACUGCUGAAAUAAACCGGCUGAAGCUGGUGCCGCUGCCAGUUCACCCACAUCCAGACCUGGUCUGCCUGGCCCCUUUUGCCGAUCUCGAUAAAGAAAGCUACUUUAGAGCCCAAAUCCUUUAUGUUUCUGGAAACUCUGCGGAGGUGUUCUUCGUAGAUUACGGCAAUCGGGCGCACGUGGCCCUCAGUCUUCUCAUGGAGAUUCCGAGUCAGUUUCUGGAACUCCCAUUUCAGGCUUUGGAGUUUAAAGUUUGCAAAAUGCGACCCUCGGCCAAGUCUCUGGUGUGUGGGGAGCACUGGAGCGGCGGGGCCAGCGGGCGGUUCGCCUCCCUGGUGAGCGGCUGCCCGCUGCUCGUGAAGGUCUUCUCCGUGGUGCACAGCGUGCUGCACGUGGACGUGUACCGCUGCUCGGGGGCCCAGGACGCCGUGAACAUCAGAGACGUUCUCAUCGGAGAGGGCUACGCGGAGCUCACAGAGGAGUCGUACGAGUCGAAACAAAGCCACGAGGCACUCAAGGCGCACUUUUCCAAGUCGGCGGAGGGCGUGCUGGACGGGUGUGUGCCGUCUGCCGCGCAGGACGACGGGAAGCAGCUGAUCCGCGUUCUGUUGGAGAGCUUCUCUUCCAACAGGCUGGGAGCCCCCACCUGCAAGGUGAUACUCCAUGGGCCGUUUAACCCUUACGAGCUGAAGUGUCACAGUCUGACGAGGAUAUCCAAGUUCAGGUGUGUCUGGAUCGAGAAGGAGAGCAUCAACUCCGUCGUCAUCAGCGACGCGCCGGCCGACCCCCACCAGAGGAUGCUGGUCGCGGCGUCCCUGUCAGUCAACGCAACUGGCUCCACCAUGCUGCUGAGAGAGACCUCCCUGAUGCCUCAGAUCCCCGGCCUCCCCGCCAUCCUCAGCAUGCUGUUCGCGCCCGUGAUGGAGCUAAGGGUUGAUCGGGAUGGAAAACGCUACACUGGAGUCCUCUGUGGCUUGGGGUGGAAUCCAACCACAGGAGCCCCGGUGUUGCCGGAGCACGACAUCGAGCUGGCGUUCGACGUUCGCUUCAACGUGGAGGACAUCGUAGAGGUGAGAGUGACGCUCGCAGUCACGGCCAACGUCUUCGUUCGGGUUGACCCACGGCUGGUCAUGGAGCAGGCGGCGCGGAAGACGUCCGGGGGAAGAGCACGCCACUGUACCAGCUGCACAAGCUGA